AUGUUUGGGACCGAUUGGGAAGUCAUCGUUUCAGAGGAGUUUGGUAGACAAUCGGUGGAUAUAUUGCUGGGCACCGUUUCGCCUUUGACACAAAAGCUUCGUCAGGCCAACACUUGUCUCAGCGGCCUACAGAACGUUGCUCGAAAGCUCGCCAUCAUAUUUACAGACAACAUUCAAGCUUCUAUUCUUGCUCACCAAGUCGUCAUGGAGCGCGUCGUUGAUCGGGACACGAGGGAUCGCGAAGCACGCUCUACAAAACCGGUCAAAGCAGUUCGAUUACAUAGUCUUGAUUUUUUGAUUGGUCCGAUUGAUGCUGUCACAUCUGUGGGUUGGUCGUCAACCGGUCGUAUUACAUAA